CGCUUGCUUCAGUCUCAUUGGAGAAUUGAAUUCUUCAAUCCUCAUCUCCAAAAAUUUAUACAAAUUCCGUCUUUAAGUUUUUCUCCUUUGCCUCAAAGUCGGAAACUAUAUAAAUACACAACCCAUAAAUUUUAAUGGCCGAAUCCCCACUCUCUCACCUACUACGUGCACGCCACGCUCCUAUUGUUCGUAGGUCCCACACAGACUCAUCCCUCUUCCUACCUGGCGCGUGGACGCUUUCCUUGUUCAACGCGCUUCGGAGAAACCUUUUGCCCUAGUCGCCUGCGCUUCUUUCUCUCUCUAUAUUCAUCCACCAUGAAUAUGAAGCCGAACGAUCCACCGCCUCCGUCUCCGAUCGCUUACUUUUGAUUUUUUUUCUCCCGUUUCCGGCCAAUACGUUGCUGCUUAAUCGAUAGAUCUCUUCAUUCUUCGCGACCCAUCCCCGGUUCUGCUUUUUUUCGGUGAGUUUUAACUUUUGCGAGUUCUGUUAUCUCUGGUAUCCCGUUCAGAUCUGUGUUUUUUUCCUAGGUAAAUUCAGAUAUUGUACUUUUGGUUUCUGGAACUUCUGACGGCUGAUUGGAUUCUUUGGAUUGAUUUGGUUUUGAAGGUCAACCAUGGAGCCGAUGGACAUAGUAGGCAGAACGAAAGAGGAUGCCUCUCUUCCAAAAGGUUCGAUUUCAUCUUGCUCUCUUUUUUCCUCUAUAGAUUUGUCAGAUUUGGUAUUUUAUCCAUCAUCAUAUGCAUAAACAAUCAAUUUUUUUUUUUUUUUUGGCUUCUUUACCUGUUUCUCUUUUGAGAAGUUUUUUGGCUUGUAAUUUUUUUUAUCUGGAAAAGUUUCCAUUUUUUUGUUCAGUUCUAUGGAAAAGUAUGGCUGGUUGGAACCAGGCCUGCUUCGGAUGGAUAUAUGUGAUGGUAGUUUUAAAUUUUUGGUUAAAAUUUUGAUACCUUGCUAACUAGCUAUACAUAGAUGUAUGAAAGAUUUCUUUCUAUACUGGCCUGUUUUCUGGCGGUUAUAUUGUGUAGCUUCUGCUAGUUUAGAUCGUUUUCUCUCGAACUUUAGCUCCAAAGGCUGUGUCUAUAUUAAUUUCAAAGCUAUUUAGGUAUUUCUAAGUGAAUACUUGUGGAGUGCUUUUCCAUGUGAUAGUAAUCUAGCUGAAUAAUUCUUUAUUGCCAAACUGAUUGCAUUAUUGAUGCUUGAUAUUAUGAGUGCUGGUUUAUAGUGCAUUUUGAGAAUCAUCUGCUGAUUUAUACCUUUGACGUCGUCAUACGCAGCCACUAUGACAAAAAUAAUUAAAGAGAUGCUGCCGCCAGAUGUACGUGUAGCAAGAGAUGCCCAAGAUCUUCUGAUUGAAUGUUGUGUAGAGUUUAUUAAUCUGAUUUCAUCAGAAUCAAAUGAAGUUUGUAGCAGAGAAGAGAAAAGGACGAUUGCCCCUGAACAUGUAUUGAAGGCUUUAGAGGUUCUUGGUUUUGGGGAAUAUAUUGAAGAAGUUUAUGCUGCAUACGAACAACACAAACUUGAGACUGUGGAUACAGUAAGAAGCGGGAAGUGGAGCAAUGCUGCUGAAAUGACUGAAGAAGAGGCAUUAGCCGAGCAGCAAAGGAUGUUUGCAGAGGCUCGGGCUAGAAUGAAUGGUGGUGUCACCAUUCCAGCCGCAGUCCCCAAGCAACAACCAGAUUCGGAGACUGACGCGAAUUUGACUACUAGCUAACUUGUAGGCUGUUACCAUAAAAUAUAGGCUAAGAGCACCUGGACUCGCUAAUUAGUCCCCUCUUUUUCUCACUUCUUGUACAAAGGCGUUGGGGUUAGUGAAUGAUUUAUCUUAAGCUUUCAGUUAAGUUAAUGUUGUACCGUAUUCCUCGUGGUUAUAGUAAUUAAUCCAGGUUUGUUUAAGUUAGCUUUUCCAGUAGAUUUUGUCAUCUGUUUUAAUUUGGCAAUCAAUUCUCACCCAUUCACGUGUAUUUUGGGUUAAUUACAUCUGAUUCUCAGUUCUUUCAAAUUCAAAGCUUCUGGAGUUUCACGUGCCAUUGGAUGACUCUGUGAUGGACCUUCUUGACGUUUUUUCUUUACUAAGACAUUCUUGACUUCAAGAUUCAAUGUUUUCUUGUAUCCCUUUUGUUUUAAUUAAUAUUAUUAUUUUGUUGAGGCGGUCUCCUCAUUAUGUGCC